AUGGCUGAAGAUGAUGAAAUUGAUCCUUCCAUUACAAACAGAUAUCCUAAUGAGUUUUUAAAUUCAUUGGAUCCUCCUGGCUACCAACUUUUAAGGUGCGACACUCGCAUAAUUGAAGCUCGAAUCUUAACUGGAGAGAGGUUUGGCAAUUUGGCAUUUAUACCAAGGAUAUCAUUGACUCCGUCUUCUACAGAAAUGCCUUUCCGAAUGACAAGACAUCAAUUUCCAAUUCGAUUGGCAUACGCUUUGACCAUUAACAAACCUCAAGGACAAUAUGUGAAAUUUGUUGGGGUUGAUUUGCAUAUAUCUGUUUUUAGUCAUGGGCAACUAUACGUGGCAUUACCCAGAUGCACAUCUUUCGAUCGUAUAAGUAUCCUCCUCCCUAAUGAUGAGCCAGAUUCCACUACAAAUAUUGUUUACCCUGAAGUUUUGUUAUGA